AUGAAAACAGGAAAGAAGCAAGAUCAGAUGGUCCGUUUGGCUCGGACAGAUUAUAGAAUUCCUAGCAUCAAAGAGAUUCCUGAGCAUGUCGAUAGUCAAGAGGAUACAAUUCUCGUUGCUGAAGAGAAGGAAAAAAAGAAAAGGGAAGAAAAAGGUCGUGAAAAAUCAUUAGGAUAUUUGCAAUCCAUAUUAUCUGCCAUGUCGGAUCGCGAGUUCAGCUCGACCGUGCAGAAAAUAAUUACCGAAAUCCUGCCGCCCUCAUCUGGUCAGACGUUUGCCAAAGAUGCCAGAGACUUGCUGAUGGAAUGCUGCGUCGAGUUCAUCACGCUUAUCUCGUCGGAAGCCAACGACAUCAGCGAAAAGGAAGCCAAGAAGACGAUCGCAUGUGAACACGUCGAGAAGGCGCUACGGGAUUUAGGAUUUGGUGACUAUAUUGAAGACGUGCUGGCCGUCGCAGAAGAGCAUAAGGAAGCUUUAAAGACGCGAGAAAAGAAGACCAGCAAGAUGGAGCAGAGCGGAUUGACGGAAGAGGAGCUCCUUCGACAGCAACAGGAACUCUUCCGGUCUGCCACGGAAAAGUACCAUGCGGCCCCGGAGUCAUGA